AUGGUAAUACUCAUAGUGCCUUGUCCCAUGUCGAACAAUCGGACAACAGAGACUUUAGCCAAAUCAAGUAGAGUACAAUUGUGGAAGAAAGACCAACCUGAAUCUUCCAUUGCUUAUGAAGAAGACACGCAAAAGAUCUCUCUGGUUACAUCUCCUGGACAUGUGAUACAUCAUGUCUUCUCAAUUCUUAAUCUAGCUGGAUACCCUGGUAUUGCAGGAGCUCACGCAGGAACUGUGGACAUUCCUGCUGGUGCAACACUAAAGAUGCUUCUAAUUCUUGUUUUCAGUUUCGGGUUUGCUGUAACUAUCAUGGCCUACGUUCCUCCGCAUAAGCGACAUUCGAAGGAGAGCGUUAGCCCGUCCCCUGUUCCCGCGUCGCUUUCGCAACAGUUCAAGAAAUGUUUAAGCUUUAGAUCACCUAACACUAACGUUUAUCAGAGUGGGAAAAUCGUCCAUGCAAACACGACGAUAUAUAGAUGGUUAGCUGUUGGUUUGGACGCUGAUGGAGAUCACCUUCCUUCUGGCGUCUUUCUCAAGCCGGUCUCCGUUGAGGCCAUCGAACGGAUGUCAGGGGAGAAACUGCUAGCCUUAGGCAAAAGUCGCGUGGUUAAUGAAGAAGAUGAAGCGGGUCAGGACCACAGGAAGAAACCUUGGCAACAUAUAGCGGAAACUGUGAUGCAAGAUUUAAUUUCUUCAUUCGAAGUUGUGAGGAGCGAGAUUAAUAGUCCGCGCUUCAAACUAAUAAAACCGAUGCUGGUUGCUAGAUUCGGGAAAAAUCUUUUUCGUGGGACCCCUCCAUUUCCAGUGGAAGCUUGUGGAGAUAUUUUUACAGAGACGUCAUUGAAACGGCUGAAAAAAUCAUUUUACACAAACCUUCCUUCUUCUUUUGUGGAAGAUGUGACUCAGAGAAUUAUCACAGAGAUUGGCCUUAGUUUUGAAGAUGAAAAGGACAUAUAUCAUGUCCUGUUAUCUGAUAAGUCCAGACCAGGUGCGAUCGUCUUCUGCAAAUGUAGUGUCAUUAAGGCAGAUCACAGACUCGAGCUCUAUAAGGUUUUUGUUGUUGAUAUAGGCAUUGACAACUGCAGAUUUUGGUUGCAGGUCGAAUUAAACCCAGUGCGACGAAUGGUAUUUGAUGUAUCAUGCCUCAAUAAGGAUCUGGAUAUAAGGUUGAUGUUGUUCACCAAGACGAUCUUGACGGCUAUUAGAGAAAAUGAAAAGAACAGCAUUAGUGAUUUGAUUACUUCUGCAGUUUUAGAUUCUAAUGUUAAGGGGGGUUUAAGAUGGCCUCUGGGGAAGGCAUCUUCUGGAGAUAGAUACAGCGUUUUAGGAAUGCGGCAUACAAUCUCUAAGACUUAUAAGAACUCAUCCAUGAGGCUGAAGGCGAGACAUGCAGACCGCUUCGAGUUUAGGAAUUCCCAUGGAGAAGUUACUGAAGAAAUCGAACUAAAUUUGAAGGGAAUAACUUCUGAAUUGCACGGACAGAGUCUGGGAACUGAUUCAAUCUCUGAUAUGCUUAAAGAUGCUGUAAAGAUGAUGUGGGAGCACCUCUUAUCAUGUGGAAAUCCGGUCGUUUGA